AUGGUGGACGCGUUCCGCAUGCAGAUUCUGCAGACCAAGGACCUGGGCACGUGUCCGGUGAGGCAGAUCGGCAACUGCUCGUUCCUGUACAUGCGCAUCAGCAACGUGUACAUCGUCAUCGUCGUCAACAGCAACGCCAACGCCGCGCUCGCCUUCAAGUUCAUCGUCGAGGCCGUGGCGCUGUUCAAGUCGUACUUCGGAGGCACGUUCGACGAGGAUUCCAUCCGCAACAACUUUGUCCUCAUUUACGAGCUGCUGGACGAGAUCAUGGACUUCGGGUUCCCACAGAAUCUAUCACCGGAGAUCGUGAAGCUGUACAUCACACAAGAGGGCGUCCGCUCGCCCUUCUCCAAGGAGAAGGAGGUGAGGCCGCCUGCCAAUGCGACGCUGCAAGUCACGGGCGCCGUGGGGUGGCGGAGAGAAGGGCUCGUGUACAAGAAGAACGAGGUCUUUUUGGAUAUCGUUGAGAGUGUCAACCUCCUCAUGUCACAAAAAGGCACCAUACUGCGGUGUGACGUGACGGGCAAGGUGCUGAUGAAGUGCUUCCUCUCGGGCAUGCCGGACCUCAAGCUGGGUCUGAACGACAAGAUCGGCCUUGAGAACGAGGCGCAGAUGCGCGCCCGCCCCGCCCGCAGCGGCAAGACCAUAGAGCUGGACGAUGUGGUGUUCCACCAGUGCGUGAACCUGGCGCGCUUCAACACGGAGAAGACCGUCAGCUUCGUGCCCCCUGACGGGGAGUUUGAACUCAUGAAGUACCGCAUCACGGAGGGCAUCAACCUGCCGUUCCGUGUGCUGCCCAUGAUCAAGGAGCUCGGCCGCACACGCUUUGAAGUCAACGUCAAGGUGAAGAGUGUGUUUGGCGCCAAGAUGUUUGCCCUCAAUGUGAUAGUGAAGGUGCCUGUGCCCAAGCACACGGCCAAGGCUUCCCUCAGUGUCACGUCCGGCCGGGCCAAGUACAACGCCGCUGUCGAUGCCAUUGUCUGGAAAAUAAAGAAAUUUCCCGGGCAGACGGAGCUGAGCAUGAGUGCGGAGGUGGAGCUGAUUUCUACAAUGGUGGACAAGAAGCAGGGCACACGCCCUCCCAUCCAGAUGGAGUUCCAGGUGCCCAUGUUCACUGCAUCUGGGCUACGAGUGCGCUUCCUCAAGGUGUGGGAGAAGAGUGGUUACAGCACAGUGGAGUGGGUGCGUUACAUCACACGUGCAGGGGCCUAUGAGAUCCGUUGUUAG